CAAACCAUUGGACUCAUCAGUGACCAAACAGUUAGGUUAGUCUAAAGGCCAUUAUUCUGAUUCUUUUUCUCUUAAAGAAUUCCCUUCACAAGAAUAUAUUCUGUGUGGAUCUAGAAUACAUAUUUACAACACCAUAACGGCUCUUAAAUUUUAUUUUGCUUAGCUCCUUCCCUUCCUAAAGACAACUAGAACUGGAGAAGUAGUUUCCAUCAGUUAGUAUUUCAAGCAGCAAUCUCCUGUCUCUGAAGAUUCAAACCAGCACAUUUUACAUUUUAAUCAGCAAUGUGGAUAUACAGUAUUGGGAUUGCAUAUUGUUUCUUAUAACCUCUUAGAACUGCAAUGGAAUUAUCGUUGAGAGUGAGGGUGCAACUAAAAAGAAACAAAAGAAAACUCCAAUAGAAUGCUAGUUUGGAGGACCCUUAAAGGUCAACUGAAAAAGUAGAAGGUCAGAUCAACUGAAAAAAUAGGAAUGGGCACUGAAGGACAUGAACAUGCUGAAAAGAUUAAAUGCUUUUCUGAAGUGUGAAGAGUUUCCACAGUCUGGCAGGGACUUUUUGCCCUACUUAAAAAUACAGCUAAGUUUAGCGUUCUCUGUGGAUGACAAGAGGAAUCUGUCAUUUUAGUGUCUUCUCCCCCAAGCCCUCCCACACCUACAAGGGUUCUUUGACGCUGAGCGUGCACAGCCUGCCGCGAGGCUGCUAUUCCCGAGCGCCCGCUUCGCCAGCUCGGUUGGGACGAGUUGUGAGCGGUGGCUGCAGCCUGUUGAUCCCAUUUCCUCCUGCUCUGGUCCGGGUUAGGGAGUGGCUCUCCCAGGACCUCCAAUGUUUUCGUGCUCGGGCACUGGUGUUCACAUGGUUUCAGUGCAUUGUUUUCUCGCAGGCAGUCUCGGUUGGCGCUUCAGUUUAGACAUUUAUUUUGCAUUCUGUGGUCUUGGGCUGCGUGUACUCUCUUGUUUCUGCGCUCUCUCCACGCCCUUCCCAGUUUCCUGUUAGCCAAAGGGAUCGCUCUUUCUGAACGAAAAGUUCUCAGAGCGGAGUGGAACCUCCCGGAAAAUGCUCUUCUCUUCCGUGUGCGCCGGAUGGAGGUGGGGGUGGGCCAGAAACUAAACACCACGGUCGGGAGAGCUGAAAGGACCCGAACCGCGAGGCAGAGGCGGGAGAGGAGUCGGAGAGGAUGGCCGGGGCCGGUGGCCAGCACCACCCUCCGGGCGCCGCGGGAGGAGCGGCCGCCGGGGCCGGCGCCGCGGUCACCCCCGCCGCUGCCUCGGCGGGGCCCGGAGACGAUUCGUCUGACAGCGAAGCGGAGCAAGAGGGACCCCAGAAACUGAUCCGCAAAGUGUCCACCUCGGGGCAGAUCCGGACCAAGACCAGUAUUAAAGAGGGGCAACUAUUGAAGCAAACCAGUUCCUUCCAAAGGUGGAAAAAGCGUUACUUCAAGCUUCGAGGCCGUACACUUUAUUAUGCAAAGGACUCAAAGUCUCUGAUAUUCGAUGAAGUUGACCUCUCAGAUGCCAGUGUAGCUGAAGCAAGUACAAAAAAUGCAAACAACAGUUUCACGAUAAUCACUCCAUUCAGAAGACUAAUGCUGUGCGCUGAGAACAGGAAGGAGAUGGAGGAUUGGAUGAGCUCACUGAAGUCUGUACAGACCAGAGAACCUUACGAGGUGGCCCAGUUUAACGUGGAACAUUUCUCAGGGAUGCAUAACUGGUACGCCUGCUCCCAUGCCCGACCCACUUUCUGUAACGUGUGCAGAGAGAGUCUUUCCGGAGUCACCUCCCAUGGCCUGUCCUGCGAAGUGUGUAAAUUCAAGGCUCACAAAAGAUGUGCAGUGAGGGCAACAAAUAAUUGCAAAUGGACGACUCUGGCCUCCAUCGGGAAGGACAUCAUAGAGGACGAAGAUGGAGUAGCUAUGCCCCACCAAUGGCUUGAGGGUAACUUGCCCGUGAGUGCCAAAUGUGCUGUCUGUGACAAAACGUGUGGCAGCGUUCUACGUCUACAGGAUUGGAAAUGCCUUUGGUGUAAAACAAUGGUACACACUGCCUGCAAAGAUUUAUAUCAUCCUGUGUGUCCCCUUGGCCAAUGUAAAGUGUCCAUCAUACCUCCAAUUGCACUGAAUAGCACUGAUUCUGAUGGUUUCUGUAGAGCGACAUUUUCAUUCUGUGUUAGUCCUCUGUUGGUUUUUGUCAAUUCUAAGAGUGGAGAUAAUCAGGGAGUAAAGUUCCUUCGUCGAUUUAAACAGUUGCUAAAUCCGGCUCAGGUGUUUGAUUUAAUGAACGGAGGUCCUCAUUUAGGUUUAAGACUAUUCCAGAAGUUCGACAAUUUCCGAAUUCUCGUUUGUGGAGGAGAUGGAAGUGUAGGUUGGGUUUUGUCAGAAAUUGAUAAGCUCAACUUGAAUAAACAGUGUCAGCUGGGAGUAUUGCCUUUGGGUACAGGAAAUGACCUUGCCCGGGUUCUAGGCUGGGGUGGUUCCUAUGAUGAUGACACCCAACUUCCUCAGAUAUUAGAGAAGCUGGAACGAGCCAGUACCAAAAUGCUAGACAGGUGGAGUAUAAUGACCUAUGAACUCAAAUUGCCACCAAAGGCUUCUCUACUUCCAGAACCUCCAGAAGCAUCGGAAGAAUUUUAUAUGACAAUUUAUGAGGACUCUGUUGCAGCUCAUCUUACAAAAAUCCUCAAUUCUGAUGAACAUGCAGUGGUCAUAUCGUCUGCCAAGAUACUAUGUGAAACUGUAAAGGACUUCGUUGCCAAAGUAGAGAAGGCCUAUGAGAAAACGUUGGAAAACGCCGUUGCAGCUGACGCCGUGGCCAGUAAAUGUUCGGUCCUAAAUGAAAAGCUUGAACAACUACUUCAAGCUUUGCACGCAGAUUCCCAGGCUGCCCCCGUUCUCCCAGGCAUCCGCUCUCUCAUUGUAGAAGAAGAUACUGCGGAAUCUUCCAGUGAAGAAUCCUUGUGUGAAAGCAAGGAACAGCUCGCGGAUGACCCUGCGAAACCUCCCUCCCAGAAAGCUGUCAAACCAAAGGAAAUAAUGUUGCGGGCAAACAGUUUAAAGAAAGCAGUGAGACAAGUCAUUGAAGAAGCCGGCAAAGUUAUGGAUGACCAGAGUGUUCAUCCCUGUGAACCAGUUAACCAAUCAUUCGAUAACGAUAGUACAGAAACAGAUGAAUCUAAGGAAGAAUCUAAAGAUGAUGAUGCAACAGCGUCAUUAACUGUUAAAACUGCACCUGCACCUCGGUCUCCAGAUGGCCGGGCAAAUCGUUCCCAGACUGACUCUGGCCCUGGUCCAGCUGUGGCAGCCAGCAAAGAAAACCUCCCUGUGCUCAACACUAGAAUAAUCUGCCCAGGUUUAAGAGCAGGACUAGCUGCCUCAAUUGCUGGGAGUUCUAUAAUCAACAAAAUGUUACUAGCAAAUAUUGAUCCUUUUGGUGCAACGCCAUUUAUCGACCCAGAUCCAGAUUCAGUAGAUGGAUAUUCAGAAAAAUGUGUCAUGAACAAUUACUUUGGGAUUGGAUUAGAUGCAAAAAUUUCGUUAGAAUUUAAUAAUAAGAGAGAGGAACACCCUGAAAAAUGCAGGAGCCGAACUAAAAACUUGAUGUGGUAUGGAGUCCUUGGAACCCGGGAGUUACUACAGAGGUCGUAUAAGAAUUUAGAACAGAGGGUUCAACUUGAAUGCGAUGGGCAGUAUAUUCCUCUGCCCAGUCUUCAAGGAAUAGCAGUGUUGAACAUUCCCAGCUAUGCAGGAGGCACUAACUUUUGGGGUGGAACUAAAGAGGAUGAUAUAUUUGCUGCACCAUCAUUUGAUGACAAGAUCCUGGAAGUUGUUGCGAUAUUUGAUAGCAUGCAAAUGGCAGUUUCAAGGGUCAUUAAACUGCAGCAUCAUCGAAUAGCCCAGUGCCGUACGGUAAAAAUCACCAUAUUUGGCGAUGAGGGAGUCCCAGUGCAGGUGGAUGGUGAAGCAUGGGUUCAGCCUCCAGGAAUUAUCAAAAUUGUGCACAAAAACAGAGCUCAGAUGCUAACAAGGGACAGGGCUUUUGAAAGCACUCUGAAAUCUUGGGAAGAUAAACAGAAGUGUGAUUCUGGUAAACCAGUUCUUCGAACCCAUUUGUACAUCCAGCAUGCCGUUGACUUGGCCACAGAAGAGGUGUCCCAGAUGCAGCUCUGCUCCCAGGCCGCAGAGGAGCUCAUUACUCGCAUCUGUGACGCAGCCACGAUCCAUUGUCUGUUGGAGCAAGAACUGGCCCAUGCUGUGAAUGCGUGCUCCCACGCCCUGAAUAAAGCCAACCCACGGUUCCCAGAGAGUCUUACGAGAGACACUGCCACUGAAAUAGCGAUCAAUGUGAAGGCCCUAUAUAAUGAAACAGAAUCUUUGCUAGUGGGCAGGGUUCCUUUGCAGUUGGAAUCCCCGCACGAGGAGCGCGUGUCUGACGCUUUGCACUGUGUGGAGGUGGAGCUGCAGAAGUUAACGGAGAUUCCUUGGCUUUACUACAUCUUACACCCAAACGAAGAUGAGGAGCCCCCCAUGGAUUGCACCAAGAGAAACAGCAGAAGCACAGUCUUUCGUAUCGUGCCAAAAUUUAAAAAGGAAAAGGUUCAGAAGCAGAAGACAAGUUCCCAGCCUGUUCAAAAGUGGGGCACAGAGGAAGUUGCUGCUUGGCUGGAUCUGCUCAAUUUGGGAGAGUACAAAGAAAUCUUCAUCCGUCAUGACAUCAGAGGGGCUGAACUUUUGCAUCUGGAAAGGCGAGAUCUUAAGGACCUGGGGAUAACGAAAGUGGGUCAUAUGAAGCGAAUUCUCCAGGGAAUUAAAGAGCUUGGAAGGAGCACUCCCCAGUCUGAGGUGUAAUCAUAUUGGUGCUAUUCCUUGGAAGGGAUGUAAUUGCUACUUAAUACAAAGCUCUGAGAAGCACUUGUCUGUUUCUGUACUUUUCUGCCUAGAAAAGCAAGCACCACGGAAGCACCUCUAUGGCUUGAUAUUUUGCUGUGGGUAAAAAUUUUCAUUUGAGGUAUUAGAAAAUAUUUUUGUGCCAAAAAAAAAUACAUUCCACAAAGCCAUUUUCUUGACGUGUUCCAAUAUGCUCAUAUUACUAAGAAGGUAGGAAGAGCCCGAGAAAAUUGCAUUGUCUGAAAGGUGGAAACAUUGACUUUCCUUAAACCUGGUCAGACAGAAUGUUCUUACUAUGUGGCUAAAACUUCUUAGGUUUCAUUAUUGGAGGCAUUGGCUUCUUCCUUAAAAUCAUUGGUUAGGAGACUAAGAUAUAGAUUAGGUUGUGUUUUGAAUGUUAGAUGGGUGUCACCUCAGAUUCCUAGCAUUCAGUGAUCUGAGAAUAUGGUUGAAACCUCUCAAAUAUUACGAAUGAAUGCAAAUCUUAAUGCACGACAUUCCUGCCUGAAUGGUCUUUCUUUUUCUUGCAUGUCACAUGUAAUAUCAUAAAACUUAGCUUUCAUGUCAGUUUUAAUGUAAUUUAAUUUAUUACUACCGAAAUUACCUUUCUGUUGUUGGUUCAAGGCACUUUUGUGUUCUUUGAUAUGGGAUUUUGGAUAAAUAUUCUGUAUGUAAGAAUUUGUGAACAUGCGUCUGUGCCAUAAUCAACAAAUGAUAUACAUUUUAUGCAAGCCAAUUUGAUGUCACUCUAUUAUCAACAGUAGACAUGCACAUUAAGAAAACCUCUGGAUAUUUUUAUAAAAUUACGUGUUCUGUUGCCGAACAAAACUUACUAUAGCUUCCCAAACCAAAAUUCCCACAUUUUGUUAUUGUUUUUGUUUUAAUUUAGUAUUUAUUUAAUACUCUGUUUGCAUUUAUAAUACAGUGGGCCAUUGACAUCCAGGAGUUUCCCCAAGGUCUCAACUGGGAUCUGUAUACUGAUUGGUCACCCAGACUUCCCCACUAUCUAGAGUGACUACUGACACAACUUCUCAACAAGAGAUUUAAAUUUUUGAAUUUUUUCUGAAGGGCUUAUAUUAUUAUUAUUAUCUCACUUAAUUCUCGUAUCAGGUAGAUAUUAUUUUCCUUUUUCUAAACCACUAUACUUCAGUGUAGCUUAUUAGGAGUCAACUUUACAAGUACCAAAUCUUUGAAAGCCAAAGUCAUACGUGUCAAAAAGUCACAAAAAUAUCCUUAAACAAUAUUUCUUUAGACAUUAGAUACCAAAAAUUAAUUAUAAUAUUUAAAAAUCUUCUAUAUAAGAGAAGAAAACAGGGUAUUGACCCAGUGGUGACAAUUUUCAUGAAGUAGCCUUCUAAUUAGGUGCUUAAUAGAUACACAUACACACACAUACACUUCUACGUGUCUAUCCACGUAUUCAUGUACAUUCACACUUACACAUGCAUACUCUUGAAAUAUACUCUCAUUGAUAUUUUCUAGACAAUUAGUUACCAAAUGAGAAAUAUUAGUGGGAAAGCAUUUAAAAUGAACAUUGUCAGACAUAUAAUUUAAUUAUAGCAAAAGAGUUAGAAUAUUUGAUACUUUAUUCUUAUUUAUAAAUUGGGUAUUUAACUACUAGUAAAAUCACAAAAUUUGGAUAUCUUAAAAAUAAAUGAGCCUGAUGGGCUCCUGUCCAAAUGUGUCUGACUAUAUAUUUUACCUGUCUAAGUUGUGAAUAAAUAGAAAUUUUCCAAAGGGAAUAAUAUCAAGUAGCGUAAAAGAGUCAAAAGCUACUCACUUAAUAUUGUAAUGUUACCCACACUUAGGAAAUCAAAGGACUUCUUUUAUAGUCCUCACCUCCCCAGCUUGCAAGGUGUCCCACUUUUCCAGGCAUUUCCCUGUGAAAUUAAGAUAGAGAGGCCAGCGUCUUGGAACUCAACUGUGAGAUCACAGGUCCCUGUCCAGCUCCACCAAAAAAAAGAAAGGUAGGGGCAAAGAGGUAAGGAUAUCUAUAUAUAAUUAAUAUAAUAUAAUUAAUUAUAUUAAUUAAUAUAAAACUCUGCAUUGAUUUUUACUUACCCAAAAUACCCCUCUGCCACUAGUAAAGAUUUAAGCUCUUACAUGUUCAGAAUUUGUAAAUUUUUUGUUAGAUGUCGAUCUUUUUACUCAUAGGUAGUAACUCUUAUCUAUGCUGUAAAACCUCCAUUAAUGGAUUCUUUAGUUAACUAGAAUUUUCUUGCAGAUGGCUUUUGGAUGAGGGAAAUCCUUCAAAAUGACAAUUUUGACAUUUGUUGUUGUUUUAAAUAAGAGCAAUUAUUCCUGUAUGCUUCGUCCGUGCAUGGCUGUGUAGGACCCAAAUGACCUUACUCACAUCUGUUUGCCCAGAUGGUGUCUUCAGAGCCUCCUCAGGCCCCUGUCAGUGGAGGAGCCAGCUUCUUAUAGUAGAUGGGGCUACUAUAUAUAUACUAUAUAUAAUAGAAAGUGCAAAGAGCUGCUCUCUGGAAUCUGAUCACAAUCAGGGGAGUGCAGGUGGGACCUCGGUACCUUGAUCCAUUCAUAAGCUGAGGUGAGAAGCUUAAACCUGUUCCCAAUUGCUAGCUGUAAUUGCACCCAUUCCUCUCCGCUAGGCUCUCCCACACCUGGAUAAUUUGGGAGGGGUGAAGGGGAAUCACAGCCCAGCCAACAUCCAUUCCCUUCCAGUCUUCUUUACCUAAGGAAGAACUUGCUUUAUUUACAUUUAUAUACAUAUAUACACAUGUAUUUUUUUAAAGAUUUUAUUUUUAAGUAAUCUCCACACCCAAUGUGGGGCUUGAACUCACAACCCCAAAACCAAGAAUCUCAUGCUCUACUGACUGAGCCAGCCAGGUGUCCCAGAACUUGUUUUCAAGAAGGAAAGGGACGGGGUCAGACCUAAGUAAAAUUUUAAAGUACUACAUUUUUCCCUUCUGUGUUACUCCACCUUCCUUUCUGAGUUCCCUCCUUCCCACCUCCUGGCUUCCAUCUCCCACGUGGCUAGUACUGUGAUGGCUGCUCAAAUCCUCACUGCCUGUGCUGCCCUUACUUCAUCAACUCUCCCGCUACAAGGUGACACCUUUCACCUCUCCCCACUUAAGUGCCCAUUAUGGGUCAACUAAGCAAAGUGUUAGGAAGGAAACAAUUUAAAGAAACUAAUUUUACAGUUUGUAUUUUAUAAAAGGCAACCUGCUAAUCUAAAUAAAUUGGUGGGUUAGAUAAUUUGGGGACUGCGAUAUAGAUUGCUCUGGCUGAGAAGACAUGACCUGUGAAUGUCUAGACCUGUGCUGUCCAGUAUUGUAGGGACUCCCCACAUGUGGCUGUUUAAAUUUACAUUGAUUUAAUUAGAAAGUUAGCUUCUCAAGUGCACGAGCCGCAUUUCAAGUGCUCAGUAACUAUAGUAGACAGUACAGAUAUUGGACAUUUCCGUCAUUGCAAAAAUUCGACUGGACAGCGCUGGUCUAGAUCAUCGUACUCAAAUGUGGUCCAUGGACCAGAAGCAUCCAUACCACCCGGGAGCUUAUAGAAAUGCAGAACCGCAGGUCCACUCCAGACCUACCAAAUUUCAAUCUUCCUUUUAAACAAGAUUUGUCAGUGAUUAGCAUUGGCCUAGCCACAUUUUAUCCCUCCCAGAUAUUAGGGAUUGGAGUUCUUCAAAAAGCCCUCAGAAUAGCUCAUUCCCCAUCCCACCACUUCCUAGAAAUCCCAGAAAUGAGCUUUAACUCAUUCAUCACCCUCACUGAGUUUUCUUCUCAAUGCUUAUUCCUAACUCUGGUUCUAGAUAAACCCUACUUACCCAGGGGUUAUAUUUUGGUAGCUAAGAUAAAACAGGAGAUUGGCUGACCAACGCAGCUGGCCUCUCUCCAGCUCCCCACCUCAUAUCAAAGUCACUAACAAUCCACAUUUGCUCAAUUUCUUGCUCAUGUGACAUUCUCAUUUGUUCACAACUUAAGUCACAGGGAACAUUUCAGAAGAAUAUGUACUGAGAUAAGUAAAGACCGGGUCAGUCUCCUACAACUUGUACAUUUCACUUUCUCUUAUCACUAGAUUAUCUUGUUGACAUAGUUCAUGCUUGAGAAUACAAACAGCACACGCACAUGAAAUGAAUCACUAGGCAUGGAAAAAAAAAGAACCAAAAUGACUCCAAGUAAACUGAAUGUGUUAUUAAAGCCCUCAAAGAAGGCGUGUUUUGCUGGACUUUGUUUUUCUUAUUAUGCCAACUUAUCUUGAUUUUUCAGAGAGUUAAUAAUUCCUUAAAGUAGUGCCUGCAGUAUAUCAUAUUUUUGAUCCUAAAUACAGAUUAUUUAGUUCUAUAAUAAGAUCUUUCCCAAUGAUUUAUUGUCACUGCUUCACUUAAUCAUUUUUACGCAAUGAUAGCAUUUACCGAAACAGUACUGCCUGGAGCUUCUUUAGCUAAUUUUAAGGAAUAAAGAGGCACUACUUUAGUCCUAAUAGACAUUAUUUUUAACAGGAUUCAAGAAAGAAAAUAUUCAUGCAAAGCUAUGACUUAGAAAAUUACGGUGGACACCUCUAUAUACAUCAUUUCUAGAGUAAAUCAUCUAUUCUCUCAGGCUGGGCUGACAACACAAUGGACUUUAAUGUUAUAUAGAUGCGAAUUCUUCAAGGAUAUAGAUUUUCACUAAGCUCCAUAAACAUUACAUCUCUCAACCUUGACGUUUAGGAUCUCUCCUGCCCUCUCCCCGGAGAAUGAACUCAUCCUGCAUUUUUCAGAUGCAAGUCGGAUAAAACAAUGGGUUCAGAGUUUGAUAAUAAUACAAGUGGCAGUUCUAAAACCAAGUUUUUAAAAUCAGUUGGAAAGAGUGAACAGUGAAGAUUCUUCAAAUACUAACUAUUGGUCAAUGGAAUAACCUCCCUGGCAGUUCCCAUGUGGCUUGGCAGCCAUGUGUCUCCCUCUCCGGCUUGCCCUCGCCAAGUGCCAUGAGGCCUGGGACUUGUUUGUCUCUGCUAGGCAUCUCCCCGGUGACUUCUGUGUAGCAGUCUCUGUGUCAGAUGGUGAUAUGAUGCCUUUGCAGUAGGAUGCCUUCCUAAAAAAAACAACCAAAACUUUAAAAAGGCAAUGAUUAUUAGUUUUUUAAUACCCAAAGCAUUCUUUACCUUUAUAUUGCUUCUUUUUAUUAUUCUCUCCAAAUUUCUUUUAGAGACAUUUCUGUUAGCAGAAAAAACUAUAAAGGUUUAUCAUUACAGAGAAUAGAGAGAUAAAAAGACAGCUGGACUGUACCUAUUUGUAUACUUCUUUCCGUUAUUUUCAGGAAAAUAAGUUUAGUAGUAACUGAAACUGCACUAAACUCAAUAACAAUGUUUAAGAUAAAACCCCGUAUUACUACUAUAGAUGAACAGACUGAUUCCCCUUAUGUAACUAAGAUAUUCUAUUUACACAUAUUUAUAUCUUCUCUCUUAAUUUUUGAUGCACAUCCAAGCUUACAUUGGAAAAACAGAAACCAAGCCACUACUUAAAAGCUAUAAAAGCUCCACGUAAAAUAUUUCAUUUUAGCUACAAGUUAUUCAUUGCAUAGGAAUUUAUAAAUAGUCUGGAUAUUUCAUAGGAACUGCAUUUCAAGAGUAAAUUAACCAUAUCUAAAAGAACAUAGGGAUACUUUUAAGAUGCAUUAAGAUAAGUUCCAUAUUCAGUUGAUGAUGUCAUUGAAGUAGGAUAAUGCAGUUAGAUAAACAAGCUAAAAAGAAUAUAUUUUGUGGUCCUUACUGUUUGCACUAUUGUUUACCACAGCUUAGCCAUAUCUAUUUGUAUAUUCUAAGUAUUAAGCUGAUAUGUAGCUAAAGAUUUCUUACAGUUCUGGUAACUGGUAACUAGUGCUGUGAAAGAUUUUGGUAUUGUAACUUUCCCAGUUUUGUGAGUUAUAUAUUGUAUAUUGAGAUGACUAAUAAAUUGGAGUAAUAUAUUUAUCUAGAGCUGGGAAAAUAUGAUAAUUAUUUUCAAAUCUUCGAGUAAGUUGUAUGGAAUUUGUUUCUUCCUCUCAAGUGAGAUAAAAGUCUCACUUUUAUGUUAAAAUGUCUAUUUAUACAACAGGUUUCUCCUUUUACUGGUUUUGUUAAUUUUCUUAUUCAAAUUUUUCUUAUCUUUUGAUACCAAUAUAAUUAUCAUGCUGGUUAUUCAAACUGCCAAGAUGUAUUUUAGUUUGCAGGAAUUUUGGCAGACAAAAUAUUUAAUAACAAACCAGCUUUGUAUAUUUUGUGGCUCUGGGGGCAAGAAUUUUACCUUUGAAUCUCUAUGUGAGGCAGUGCUGAUACUAACAAAGUCAAUGAUAAGACAGUAUUACCUGUGACGAUCAUCAGUAGAAGGUUUUCUCAAGUUGUAUAAAUCAGUGCAUUUAUUUAUUAUGUUGUGAAAUUUAAUCUUUAUACAAAAUGCAUAUUCUAGCUCUUUUCUUUGUUACUGCUGUUGCUUAGAGUGUAAUACGUCUGUUAAUGAUUUACUUACGUACUUGAAGUACUCAUUUCUGUCAAACAGAUGCCCAAUUUUUUUCCUUGUUAAAAAAAAUGGUAUCUUUUUUACCAUCAUCGAUAACUAAAUAAUAAUAGGGAUUUGUUAAAAAAUAACUUGCAUAUUUAAAAUAAAUAUGGAAAAGGGCAUAAAGCCAAAAUGAAAUCACCGAUAUUAAGAAUUUAAUGUAACCAAGGGAUUCACUGUGCUAUAUUUUCUCAAUAUAUAUUUUAUCUCCAAGUCAGAACUUUUUUCUAUGAUAAACUUUCUGAUUUUCUUGUAAAAGAGAUCUCAGCAAUUGUAUGCCAAUAUAACACUCAACUGAACACUGAGAUUCUUGAACCCCAAAAAUAUCACCUACUUUAGGGGCCAGCUUUAGAUUCCAGGAUGUGUAUUUUAAUGCAUGUUUGCGUUUGACUGGCCUACUUUACAGAUAGUAACCUUGAUGGAUAAUGCUUUAUUUGUUUCUGUAAAUUAAGUCAUGGGAUUUUAAUGGAGUUCCAAGUUACUUUUGUUUAAAAAAGUAUUUUUUGUCCAACUCUUUAAAAAACUGGAGAUUUAAAACAUAAUGGCAUAACCUACCACAGAGAAAAAAAUUGUUUUUGAGGAAGAAGAAAAAUGUUCUGACUUAAUGUGAGGCAUUGUUGUGUACCAAAGAAAUCGAUUUAAUAAGCCCUUAAUUCAACCAUUUCAUUGUUUUACAGUGUGAACAAAAGGUGAAUUGUGAACUAGAGUAGGAGUUUAAGAAUUAAUUUACUAUAAUUUUAAAGAGAGUUUUGCGUUAAUUUUAUUGUUGCACAGUUAUUAAAGGCAGGAAAAAUACAUGAGAAACAUACUGAAAUAUGGAAACAUUAUGAAGGAAAGGAGCUUGAGCUGGUAAUUUGGCAAAGAUUUGGAAAUGAAUAGUUGGAACAUAGAUGUCUUCCACCUUAUAUUAUAGAAACGCAGAACAUGUGUGAGUCAUAUGGUAGGCACAAUACCACAAAAAACAAAAAAGUCAUGCUGGUCAAGUCUCAGAUUGGAUCUUUGUGGUAUCAAACUAGCCAGUGAAUUCAGGGAGCUCAUUCUACGGUUGCAGUUAGAAGUCAAUGAAGCAGGUUGUUUGGAUGACGUCAUCAUUUGUGUUUAGUACAUGACACAAAGGUCUGUGCUUUGUCAACUUCGUGAUUGACAGAGGGAGAACGAGUCAGAAGGACUUAGCUAGUUCCUAUGGAAGAGUACUUGUAAGUGUGGAUCACACUGUACCGUGCAGACUAAAGAGAUCUGCAUGAACUUGCUAAGCCUUGAGAUUUGUUCACAGUGAUAGAUUUUCCUUUCAUUUGAAACAAUGAAAGAUUGCCAAAAUUUACAAUAUUAUAAAUAGCUGAAUUAGAUGAUUCUGGAGUUGGACACGUAGUUUAGAUUUCUUUGGCUCUGUGACUGACUCUGGCACUGGCUCACUGUGUCUUUUCUACAAACUGUAUGUUUUGGUGUUUCAACUGUCCCAAUGAGAAAUGGCACGCAAUAUUAUCAAUUAUAAGUACGUCGUAAUUUUUCUUUUACAGCAGAAAUUAUGAAAGUGUGAAUCAUACUUAAAUUUACCGAUUCUUUCCUGCUGUCAUUUGAUAUACAAAGAAAGACUUCCAAAACCAUAGCACGAAAAUUCGAAGUCCACACUAAUAUCCGUGAUGUCCAGUGUGAAAGGAGAGUGCGGUUACAGUAAUACUACCUGUACCAGAGGAGGUUAUGCGUAUUUUCACCUAUGUACUACAGGCUGAUAUUACUCAUUCACUCCCACUUCUAAAAUCUUCAGAAAUUUAGAGUGAUUUUGUUUUUUCUACACUCACCCCAAACAACCAUUAAUAGUAGCAUAUAGAUACAUUUAAAAAAAAAAUCAUGAUCUUCAUGUCUUUUGUUAGAUGAACUCCCCAAAGAGGAAAAUGUCUCCUUCAAUCAGUGGUUACCAAAAUGAAAUAACGGGACUUUCUUAAUUUGUUUAAUCCCGUGCUGUGACUUACUCUCUGUACUAAGUGAAUCCUGAGUGCUCGCCCUGCUGUUUGAUCCGAGGCUGGAUCACUAGCUAUAUUGUCUGGCUGUGGAAUGAUGCUCCCUCAUGCGAAGGACCUUCCCUACUCCCUGUAAAGAAACUAAACUAGAGAUUGUUGUCAUUGUUACCGUAAUGGAAAGCCGAGUACAGUUAAGGGGGGAAAAUUAGAAUAGCCUUGUUAAAAUCAUUAAAUAUAGGUGAGGGUAAAUGAAUAUUGACUUUUAUUUUUACCUGACUUUUGAAUUCAGUCACUGAUAUUAAAAAAUUUGUUUCCUCCAUCUGGCAUUUAUAAUGGCGUACUAUGAUAACUUGGAGCUCCUCCUAUCCCCUCCCCCUAAGAAUGUUGAAAUGAUGAGCAGGGUAAGCUGUAUGAUAGAAGGAAAAGCUGGAAUCAGAACUUGUCUGCAUGGGAUUUUGAUCCAUCUUAAUGAUACAACCUAGUUUGCAAGAAGAUGGGUCUCUAAAUGGUAAUCCCAGAAAGAUUUGGUACAGUGACAGGAAGAAAUUCUUUUUCUGGGUAUUUGCUUAUCACGAUGACCUGGCAUACAGAUGACCCUCGUAUAAUUAAAGUAAUUAUAACUUUUAUUAGAACCUACCGUGUUUACAAAUCUCAGUUGUGCAGCAGCUUUUAAAUCUACAUAACGAUGAGGUGGGGAGAAUUGCAAACUUGAGCAGCUCUUUUGUUUCCUCUCCUUCUUUUACUUGAAAAGCUUUCAGAAAGCUUUUGAGAGAUGACACAGUUUUCAUAGCAACAUGAAGUGGUUAUGUCUCUGCCAAGAAACUCAUUAACUGAAAUAUGGAACAGACCCGUCGCUUCACCCCAGUCUUGGUUUUGGAUUGUAUAAGCAAAAGCAUUUCAUAUAUUAAAGUUUUCUCAGUGUUUAUGCAGUUGCAUAUUUCAUAUUUUGUCCAUCUCAAAAGUUGAAUUGACGUUUUAUGUUCUAUUUCUAAUUGCAGUGAAACGACGGUCCCAUUGCCUUCGCCCUCUCUCGGUACAAACCUUCGUGAUUUUUCUCUCCUGUGCUUUUGCCAUAGUUUUUCAGCAACCAGUUUCCUAUAUCUGUUUUCUCCUACCUCUAGUUCAUCUUCUACAUGGUCGACCGAGUGAUCUUUCUAAAACACACAUUUGCUUUGUCAUUCCUUUGCUGAAAAUUCUUACACAGGUUCUCCUUCUGGUAGAGCAACCUAACUCUUUAGCGUGGCGGAUGAGGGGCUCUCUGGCUUUGCCUCGUUCCACCCUUUUUAGCAUCCUCAGCCACCCUUUCCUCUAGAGACCUUUUGUAAGUCAGCAAUUUGGAGCGACUCCCAAUUCAUUGCCUUGGCCUCAUCACUUGCCAGAGAUCAACGCUUUCAAAACUCAGUUCAGAUUUAACUUUCUGUGAAGCUUUACCUGACUUCCCUGGCUGGAGUUAGUAUUUCGUCCAUGCUCCGUAACAUCUUGAAACUUUCUCUGUUAAAAUAACAUCACAUUCAAUAAUAUAUAUAUGCCUGCCUUUCUCCCCCACCCCCUGAAUUUCUCUCUUUGUAGUCUCAGCGUGGAGCUCGCACGUACAUAAUCGGACUUCAAUAAAUGUUUUUGAAGGACUGACAGUAAUAGAGCCCCCGAACUUCUUUGUAUUUUUAUACUUUCACAGAUGAAAGCUUAGACUUUCCUGAGUCACGUGAGGGGUGUGUGCGUUCAGGACCAGGUGAGCACGCGUGCACUCUGGGCGAGCCAACAGAGGGUGAACGGCAAGGGAGAGAGAUUGUUGGGAAGAGGAUAAUCGUUUGUUAGCUUUAAGUCAGAAAUAUUUACCAAAUCUGAAUUCUUGUUCUAAAAAUGAGGCUUACAAAAUUUUCACAUAACUAUCAAAUUCUUGUUUAUAAUUCAUAAGUAUGCCCUAAAGAUUACCUCUCUCCUUUGCAGACACAUUCAGUGUACACAAUUAUUUAAAACACAUACAUUGAUCACCUACACAAAAUAAGAUUUAAGAAAGAAUCAAAAACAAUAAUGAAGUGAAAUUUUCUCAAAAGUAAGAGUCAGCCAGAGAUAUAGACUGAAUUUGUGUGAUUUCAGGUCAUUUAUAGCUAAUGAUUAUUUCAUUUUUUUAUGAUGCAAAUAUAAGACAGCUUGUCUGUACUGUUAUCACCCCUUAUAGAACAUAAAGACUAAAAUCUAAUACCUACCAGUUUGGUUUUUUUUUUAUGAUUCUAUAAAACCUUCCACCAUGUUCCCAAAUCAUGAUAAAGGUCAACACAAAAAGUUCUUCGUAGUUAAUAAUUUCUAAAAUUAAAUAGUAAUAAAAAAUGCAAGUCAUUAAAUUAAAUGCCUUCUUCCUUUGCUCACUUGAGAGACAUUUUUCAACCUGUUUUAUACUGGGCACUUAAUUAGAUGCUGGGAAUACAGUAAAAUCGUUUGUCUUCAGAAUUAUUUUCUACAGCCUAAGAAAUUGGGCGGACAGGUUUUAAACCAAAUAUUUCUCAGGUAAUUUCAGUGUAGUCUUGUUCCCCCCCGAAAAUUAAUCAAAUUCUAUGUCAUAAAGAAUUAUUCCCAUUUUUAUGUCCAGUUUUUAUAGAGCCACCAAUAAUGUUUGACCAUCACUUGUCAAGUACAUUUUUCAUCAAUCAGUAGAACCCCAUUUCCACAACCAUAUGUGCUCUGUGUGGUCCAAGAGACUAAUAGAUCUGUUGAUCAAGGGUUAAAUUUCAAGUCCAUUUUAGGAAGGCAUAUAUCCCUGUUAAUGCCACAUACACCAAAAUAUAUGAGGUAUGCAUUGUAAACCCACAGCACAGCAGAGGGAAAAAAUUAUAAAAUUAUGCUUUCUGGUAUACUUCAAAGACUCUGAAGUUAUGGGUUGAUAUUUUCACCUCAAUUAUUUUUAAUGGGGAGUAGGGAGUAAUAAUAUUUAGCAGGUAGCAUACUUAUCUGAGCAUAUAGUAAAUAUAUUACUAGUAUUUAUAUGCCACAGUGCACUGAUAUCGAUGAAAGAAAACAAACACAUUUGAGUUAUAAACAAUUAACUUCUCUGAAUAUUUAUUGAUGAUUAGGCAAUAGGGUUCCUUUAUGGGAAGGAAAAAUUCUUUAUCUUUAUUGUCAGUAAGUAUGGAAAAAACCUUACUUGUAUGUAUAUUUACAUUUCGAUAGGCAUAUUUGGAAGUCAUUCUUUCCCAUCACUAUAAAGUAUCAACCAUUUCUUUGUUCUCUAGCAAAAGGAAAUUCUUAGUUUGAUACAACUUUACUGUUUGUUCGAUAUUGUAAAAGGUCCUCAAGAGAAGGAGGCUCAGAAGGCUGGGCACUUAUUUUACCUUUCAAUGAAGAUAAUCAGUAAUUACUUGCCUCCUGUUUACCAUCAUGUUGAAAACCUAGCAGUAUAGCUCCUUUUGUCCCUUACAUUUCAAAAGAUAGUUUUAAUCUAGCCUUUACCAUAUUAUUUAUAGUUAAGAAUUUACUACAUUUUGGUAGUCUGUUUUGAAACUUUUCCUUAUAUCUGAAAGAUGCAGAUCCUGUCUAUUUAUUAACACAAUGGGCUCUGUUUGCUGCAGAAAAGAGUGAAACUUUUAACUGCUUAGCACACUUGCCAGUGAAAUAUACCUGACAGAGCAGAGGUUAUAACUUUGGCUCUAAUUACUUUUAAUAAUGGUAAGAAAAUGUGUUUUGUUUGUUUACAUGCUGUUUACAAUGGCAUAAUUUUUUAAAUAUAUACAAUUGAGAUAUUUAUUGCAUACUAUUUUAAAGAUGUUUUAUGUGUUUUCACCUUUGGAAUAUAUUGUUACAGUUACUUAUACAGAUAAUUUGGGUGGCUUUGUUAAUGUAGCUAGUAAUUUUUAUGACUACUAAGUGAGCAGUUUUCCGUGCCUUUUAUUGUGGGAUGCAUGAUUAUGUAUUUAUUGUACGGAAGUCACUGAUGUGUGUAUUUUUGUACUUUGCUGAGAGUAAUGGUUGAUCUCGAUGUACAUGAUGAAGAGAGAUGCCUUUCCCAAAGGGCACUGCCUUGAGAUCGUCCUCAAAUAAAAAGAAUCCAUUUGGAAAA